AGAAUUCUCCCACUUGUCCAUCUGACGUUCCGUAUAAACCAUCUCAAAGACUCCAAUGUUGUUUCAGCAACCAAUUCAUCGCCCAGACCCUGUAACCAAUCUUCAAUUGCCUAUACAGACACAUCUGUAUACAUACUGCAUACAUAUAUGCACGGUCUAAUUCAAGAAAAUGGAAUCCCACAAAACAAAAUACUCCAAUUCAGUGGAGGAAGAUUACGAUAUUAAUCAAGAUCAAGCUGCUGUCACGAGACGCAUUCAAAGGCUGUCGUUGCACCUCAACCCAAUAUCAGAACCCCCGGUUUCUUCAGACCGACUGCAGCUGCUAACAUGCGCUGGGCGUGCCAAGAUUAACGUGAGCGAUGAGCAGUUGGCCAAGUACUUGCGAGGGAAGCACAGGGAUAUACAGGAGAGAGUAUACGAAUACUUCAAUGCCAAGCCUGAUCUUCAAACGCCGCUGGAAAUAUCAAAAGAUGAACACAGGGAGCUCUGUAUGAGGCAGCUUGUGGGUUUAGUCAGAGAGGCUGGCAUUAGGCCUUUUAAGUAUGUUGUGGAGGACCCGGUUAAAUAUUUUGCGGUUGUUGAGGCCGUGGGCAGUGUGGACAUGUCUUUAGGGAUUAAGUUGGGAGUUCAAUACAGUCUUUGGGGAGGCUCUGUGCUCAACUUGGGCACUAAAAAACAUAAAGAUAAGUACUUUGAAGGUAUCGACAACAUGGACUAUCCAGGUUGUUUUGCUAUGACGGAACUUCAUCAUGGUUCAAAUGUUCAAGGCCUUCAGACCAUUGCAACUUUUGAUCCGCUCAGAGAUGAAUUUAUUAUCGACACGCCAAAUGAUGGGGCCAUUAAAUGGUGGAUUGGAAAUGCUGCAGUUCAUGGAAAAUUCGCAACAGUUUUUGCCAAGCUGAUGUUGCCUACUCAUGAUACAAAAGGUGUUUCUGAUAUGGGUGUUCAUGCUUUCAUAGUUCCAAUUAGGGAUAUGAAAACCCACGAGGUAUUACCUGGUAUCGAGAUACAUGACUGUGGCCAUAAAGUUGGGCUUAAUGGAGUAGACAAUGGGGCAUUGAAAUUCCGUUCAGUAAGAAUUCCCCGAGAUAAUCUUCUCAAUCGAUUUGGAGAUGUCUCAAGAGAUGGGAAGUAUACUAGCAGCUUACCUUCAAUCAACAAAAGAUUUGCCGCCACACUUGGGGAGCUCGUUGGAGGACGGGUGGGUCUUGCUUAUUCUUCUGUUGGUGUCCUCAAAAUUGCUGUCACAAUAGCUGUAAGAUAUUCUCUUCUGCGCCAGCAAUUUGGUCCUCCAAAGCAACCCGAGAUCAGUAUUCUUGAUUACCAAUCUCAACAGCAUAAGCUAAUGCCAAUGUUGGCUUCUACUUAUGCGUUCCAUUUUGCCACGUCGUAUUUAGUCGAGAAGUAUGCUGAGAUGAAGAAGUCUCGUGACGAAGAAUUAGUAAGUGAUGUCCAUACACUUUCUGCUGGACUAAAGGCAUAUGUCACUUCUUAUACUGCAAAGUCUUUAAGCACUUGUAGAGAAGCUUGUGGUGGUCAUGGUUACGCUGCAGUUAACAGGUUUGGCAGCUUGAGGAAUGACCAUGACAUCUUUCAGACAUUUGAAGGGGACAACACUGUGCUUCUCCAGCAGGUAGCAGUUUACCUCUUGAAGCAGUACAAAGAGAAAUUCCAAGGCGGGACACUCACGGUUACUUGGAACUACCUCAGGGAAUCCAUGAACACCUAUCUCUCACAGCCAAACCCUGUAACCAGUAGGUGGGAAGGUGAAGAUCAUUUACGAAAUCCAAACUUUCAAUUGGACGCCUUUAGGUACCGUACAUCACGACUGCUUCAAAGUGUUGCCUUUAGACUCCGGAAGCAUUCUAAAACUCUUGGGGGCUUUGGUGCUUGGAAUAGGUGUUUGAAUCAUCUUUUGACACUUGCAGAGUCUCACAUAGAAUCUGUUAUCCUGGCGAAAUUUAUUGAAGCUGUUCGGAGUUGUCCUGAUGCGAGUUCUCGAGCUGCUCUGAAACUUGUUUGUGAUUUAUAUGCAUUGGAUCGGAUCUGGAAUGACAUUGGGACUUAUCGCAACGUGGACUAUGUUGCCCCUAACAAAGCUAAGGCAAUUCACAAAUUGACGGAAUACCUGAGCUUCCAAGUGAAGAAUAUUGCAAAGGAACUUGUAGAUGGUUUUGAACUCCCAGAUCAUGUGACACGGGCUCCAAUAGGGAUGCAGGCUGCAGAAGAAGCUUAUUCACAGUACGCCCAGUGUGCUGGAUUCUAAAAUUUAAAAGUACAAAAGAAGGAUGUGUUUUGUUUUGGAAACUUUCUUCCACAAGUAAAAAUUGAUUCUUGUGACAAAAUUGUGGUCCUCUGGUAAGAAAAAACAUAUUAUAUGAUUUCAAUGAAAUCGUUAUAGCAUUAGAUUCUGGCGUUCUUUUGUGAGACAAAUGCCCAGCAGGUUUAAGAGCAAAUGUACAGUGUUUGUCUAAAUUAGCUUUAUC